UUUGGUUCAAAUAUAAGGGGGCUCAAUUAAAAAAAAUAGUUCUAAACGUGUUACAAAAUUGUUUCUUUGUUCUAAAAGAAAAAAUUAAAAAAAUGUUAUUUGUUGUAAUGUAAAUUAUCUGACAACUGUUCCAAACAUCAUGAGCUUUUGUUUAAUGUAUAGUCUAAACUGAUACAAUCCCAAAGAUACAAAUGGUCCAAACCCCAAAACCAAAUAUUAUGAAGAACAGAUUAGUUAUUUUAAAUUUUGUUUUCAUUUUGUAUAUUUUGAACUGUCUAGAUCAAUUAGUUAAUCCUAAACUUGAUAUUUUUCAUAUAUUUUAGAUUUACAAACUAACCUACAAUCAAUACUCAUUUGUGAUUUAACUAAAUUUGCACUAUUUUCAGAUUUUCAUGCACUUUUUUUAAAAAUAAAAGCAUCGCAAUAAUGUCUUGGUUGUUUGGGAUGAACAAAAAUGCUCCGAUACCUGAUGCACCUCAGGUACCUGUACUUGGGGACGGAGGAGAAUCAGUAGCUCCAGGUGCCCCAGGAGCUGAGGGAGGGGGAGCAGAUGGAGGAUACAGAUCUGAAGCUUACAGUUUCGACUCUACAGCUUUAGAGAGAGCAGCAAAAGCAGCAAAGGAUCUAGAAUCCUCCAAGUUUGCCAAGGAAGCUCUGCAGCUCUCUCAGCAGCAGGAGAUCACUAGACAGCAGGAGCAGCAGGUCAAGGUGAAGGAGUACGAGGCCACAAUUGAGCAGUUAAAGAUUGAGCAGAAGAGAGUUGAAGGAGAGCAACGGAGGAAAUACCUGGAGGAGGAGAACAGGCAGGCCAAGCUAAAGACUGAAUACCAGGACCAGCUCGCCAGGAGGAGGUAUGAGGAUCAGCUCGUUCAGCAACAGAAGAUGCAGGAGGAGAAUUUACGUAAACAGGAGGACAGCGUAGCCAAGCAAGAAGCUAUGCGUCGAUCUACCCUCGAACACGAGAUGGAGCUAAGAGCUAAGGCAGACUCGAAACGCAUUGAAGCAGAAACCAUAGCUCGAGCUAAGGUGGAGCGAGAGAACCAGGACCUGUACUUGGAACAGAUCAGAUUAAAGGCCAAGGAGCACCGGAGCACUGUCAUGGAGGGGAUCUCCACCGCGGGGAGCGUCUUGGGAGCUGGAUUCCAGGCUUUCCUGAAUGACUGGGACAAGGUUGUGGUCGCCGCAGGCGGGGCCUCACUUCUCGCUCUCGGGUAUUUUACCGCUAAACGAGCAACAGGUGUUACUGCUAAUUACAUUCAAGCCCGGCUUGGGAAACCUUCUCUUAUUAGAGACACAUCAAGAACUCCUCUCUUUCAGGCUAUUAAACAUCCAGUAGACACGGUACAAAAGAUAAUUGCUAAACCUCAGAACGCUCUCUCCGGAAUAGUUCUAGAUCCAGCGCUAGAAUCAAGGCUCAGAGAUGUAGCUCUUGCAACAAAAAAUACAAAAUUGAAUCGUGGUAUGUACAGAAAUCUCUUAUUCUAUGGCCCCCCUGGAACUGGUAAAACAAUGUUUGCCAAGAAGCUUGCAAUGCACAGUGAUAUGGACUAUGCAAUCUUGACGGGCGGCGACGUGGCCCCCAUGGGCCGGGACGGAGUAACAGCCGUGCACAAGCUUUUCGACUGGGCAGAGACCUCUAAAAAAGGCCUCAUCCUCUUUGUGGACGAGGCCGAUGCAUUCCUACGAAAGAGAAGUAGUGAAACGAUCUCUGAGGAUCUUCGUUCAACCUUAAACGCCUUUCUUUUCCGAACCGGCGAGCAAAGCGACAAGUUUAUGAUGGUUCUCGCCAGUAACACCCCCGAGCAGCUCGACUGGGCGAUCAACGACCGAUUGGACGAGGUCGUGGAGUUCGCAUUACCUGGUAAAGACGAGCGAGAGCGAUUAGUGAGAUUAUACUUUGAGAAGUACGUCCUGUUACCGGCUGUGGAGGGGAGUAAGGGACGAAGGUUGAAGAUAGAAGAGAUGGAUUAUGGAUCUCUGUGUACGGAGGUAGCGGAAAAGACUGUUGGAAUGUCUGGUAGAGAAAUUGCUAAAUUAGGAGUGGCUUGGCAGGCCGGAGGUUACGCUAGCGAGGACGGAAUUGUGACGAGAAAAAUGAUUAUUGAGAAGGCGGAGGACGCUGUCCUCCAGCACAACAAGAAGAUGGCCUGGCUCUCAGACGAGGAGAAUAGAGAGAACAGACAAGUCCUUUAUCACAAACCUGGAUCUAUCAUUAAACCCAGCGACGCAGUUUCUCAGCUUGGGUUCACUGCCAGAGAUUUCUCAAAGUUCUGAGAAGCUAUCAACCAGAAACUGAGAGGACUCGGCUAUUACACUCUUAGCGACAGCUGAAGUCAUUUUAAACGACAGCAAAUGUCGUGUCAAACCUCAGCUAAUGUCGUCUUCCUAGUCUCCGACAAAAUUCAUCCAGUUAUAUCGUUGUUGUUGUCUCAGAGGACGGAUAACCCCGGCAUUUGUUAAUAUGUAUCUAGAAACUGAAGGCUGUUAUUUUUAUUAUCCAUUACGGUUUUCUGUUGCUACUCUAGUGUUAAUGAGAACUGUCCAGAUUUUAUUGUUUUGGAUCUCAUUAGUGCUUGGCUUAAAGCUAAAUUUAAAUAAAAGAUUGAACUUAUAAACAA